UCUCCCAGAAAUGCACUGCAUUUGCACUUCUAGCUCCUCUAAACUCCAUAUAAAUAAUAAACAACAUCUGGGUUUUGGCUCUUGUUGUUGCUAAACUAGCAACUGUUUUCUUCUAACCUAGCUCGUCCAUGGAGGGCGCCGACCACUAUAGAGCCAGUAACAGCUUCAAGAGAAACUCUUUUAUAUGGAGAAACAAUAGUUUUCAAAACUCUUUUGUAUGGAGAACAGAUACUUGUGAAGCUUUCUCUAAGUCUUGUAGAGAAGAAGAUGAUGAGGAAGCUCUCAAAUGGGCUGCUCUUGAAAAGCUGCCAACUUAUGAUCGUCUGAGGAAAGGUAUAUUGGUUAGUGUAUCAAAAGGUGGAGCUAAUGAAAUUGAUGUGGAUGCUCUUGGUUUCCAUGAUAGACAGCGUUUGCUGGAGAGGUUGGUUAAAGUUGCUGAAGAGGAUAAUGAGAAGUUCUUGUUGAAGCUCAGGAGGAGAAUUGAUAGGGUUGGAAUUGAACUCCCAAAAGUCGAAGUUCGAUUUGAGAAUCUAAAUGUCGAAGCAGAAGCUUUUGUAGGAAACAGAGCUUUACCUACAUUCGUCAACUUCUGCGUUAACAUAAUAGAGGGUUGUUUGAACUCUCUUCAUAUCCUUCCAAGUAGAAAGAAACCAUUAACUAUCCUUAAGGAUGUUAGUGGAGUCAUCAAGCCAUCAAGAAUGACUUUACUUUUGGGUCCUCCAAGUUCUGGAAAGACCACCCUUUUGCUGGCAUUGGCUGGAAAGCUUGAUCCUGAUUUGAAGUUGUCUGGUAGUGUGACUUACAAUGGACAUGGGAUAAAUGAAUUUAUACCACAGAAGACGGCUGCCUAUAUUAGUCAACAUGAUCUUCAUAUAGGAGAAAUGACUGUGAGGGAAACUUUGGCAUUUUCUGCCAGAUGCCAAGGGGUUGGAUGGCAACAUGAGAUGCUGGCUGAGUUAUCUAGAAGAGAGAAAGCAUCAAACAUUAAACCUGAUCCAGAUAUUGAUGUUUUCAUGAAGGCUGCAGCUAUAGAAGGACAAGAGUCUAGUGUGGUCACAGAUUAUAUUUUGAAGAUUUUAGGAUUAGAAGUCUGUGCAGAUACCAUGGUAGGAGAUGACAUGUUGAGGGGUAUCUCUGGAGGACAAAGGAAGCGUGUUACAACAGGUGAAAUGCUCGUUGGUCCAUCAAAGGCACUUUUUAUGGAUGAGAUCUCUACUGGCUUGGACAGUUCAACAACUUUCCAGAUUGUGAACUCACUGAGGCAAACCGUUCACAUUCUUAAUGGAACUGCUGUCAUUUCUCUCCUUCAGCCAGCACCAGAGACUUAUGACCUAUUUGAUGACAUUAUUCUGCUAUCGGAUGGCCAGAUUGUGUACCAGGGUCCUCGUGAAGAUGUGCUUGGCUUUUUCGAGCACAUGGGAUUCAAGUGUCCUGAAAGAAAAGGUGUAGCUGAUUUCUUGCAAGAAGUGACAUCAAGGAAAGAUCAGAAGCAGUACUGGGCACAUAAAGAUCAGCCUUACAGUUUUGUCACAGUCCAGGAGUUUGUUGAGGCAUUUCAAUCAUAUGCUGUGGGUCGAAGAAUUGGACAGGAGCUUUCUACCCCAUUUGAUAAAUCCAAGAGCCACCCAGCUGCUUUGGCAACUGGAAAGUAUGGUGUUGGAAAAAUGGAACUACUUAAAGCUUGCUUGUCAAGAGAGUAUUUGCUUAUGAAGAGGAACUCAUUUGUCUAUUUUUUCAAGCUCUUCCAACUUUCACUGAUGGGAAUCAUUGCUAUGACACUUUUCCUGCGAACUAAUAUGCAUCGAAAUGAUCUCAAUGGUGGAGGAAUUUAUUUGGGUGCUUUAUUCUUUACUGUGAUCAUGAUCAUGUUCAAUGGUAUGUCAGAGCUAUCUAUGACUGUUGCAAAGCUUCCAGUGUUUUACAAGCAAAGGGACCUCCUAUUCUAUCCUUCAUGGGCAUAUUCUCUUCCUACAUGGAUUCUUAAAAUUCCUAUUACAUUUUUUGAAGUUGCUGUUUGGGUGUUACUCACUUAUUACCCUAUUGGAUUUGAUCCUAAUGUUGUAAGGUUGCUCAAGCAGUACAUUCUACUCUUAUUUGUUAACCAGAUGGCCUCUGCACUAUUCCGAUUCAUUGCUGCAGCUGGAAGGAAUAUGAUUGUAGCUAACACAUUCGGGUCAUUUGCACUACUUAUAAUUUUUGCAUUAGGUGGCGUGAUCCUGUCACGAGAUGACAUUAAGAAAUGGUGGAUAUGGGGCUACUGGAUAUCACCAAUGAUGUAUGGGCAGAAUGCAAUAGUCGCAAAUGAGUUUCUAGGAAAAAGCUGGAGUCACAUUCCACCAAACUCAACAGAAUCAUUGGGAGUUCAAGUGUUGAAAAGUCGUGGUUUCUUUCCUCAAGCACAUUGGUUUUGGUUAGGAGUAGGUGCAUUGGCUGGAUUCAUAAUAGUAUUCAACAUAUGUUUCACUCUUGCUCUCACUUACCUUAACCCAUUUGAUAAGCCACAGGCUGUUAUAUCUGAUGAGCCUGAACACAGUGAGAGAACCAACACAGAGGAUGGAACAAGUGGGAUUAAUGAGGCAAAACAUAAGAAAAAAGGAAUGGUUCUUCCAUUUGAGCCACAUUCCAUCACGUUUGAUAAUGUUAUAUACUCCGUUGACAUGCCCCAGGAAAUGAAAAAUCAGGGAGUUCUCGAUGAUAAGUUGGUGCUUUUGAAGGGUGUAAGUGGUGCUUUCAGGCCAGGUGUUCUCACAGCUUUAAUGGGUGUUAGUGGUGCUGGUAAAACCACUCUGAUGGAUGUGCUGGCGGGCAGAAAAACAGGUGGAUAUAUUGAGGGGGACAUCAGAAUUUCUGGGUAUCCAAAGAAGCAAGAAACCUUUGCUAGAAUUUCAGGAUACUGUGAGCAAAAUGACAUCCAUUCUCCACAUGUUACAGUCUAUGAGUCCUUACUGUACUCAGCUUGGCUUCGUCUACCCAAAGAAGUCAACUCUGAAACCAGAAAGAUGUUCGUUGAAGAAGUCAUGGAGCUUGUGGAGCUGAAUCCACUAAGGCAAGCACUAGUCGGGUUGCCUGGGGUGAACGGUCUGUCUACUGAACAGCGGAAGCGGCUAACCAUUGCAGUUGAACUAGUAGCAAACCCCUCUAUAAUAUUCAUGGACGAGCCAACUUCAGGACUAGAUGCAAGAGCUGCUGCAAUUGUGAUGAGAACAGUUAGAAACACUGUGGACACAGGUAGAACUGUUGUGUGCACCAUCCAUCAGCCAAGCAUUGACAUAUUUGAAGCUUUUGAUGAGCUAUUCCUUAUGAAGCGAGGAGGAGAAGAGAUUUAUGUAGGGCCAUUGGGUCGGCAGUCAGGCCAUCUAAUUAACUACUUUGAGGAAAUCGAAGGAGUGGAAAAAAUUCAAGAUGGUUAUAAUCCAGCAACCUGGAUGUUGGAAGUUUCCAGUUCUGCACAAGAGUUGUCUUUAGGGGUUGAUUUUGCUGCCAUUUACAAGAAUUCAGAACUUUACCGGAGAAACAAAGCAACUAUUGAGGAAUUAAGCAGACCAGCUCCUGGCUCUAAGGACCUCUAUUUCCCUACACAGUACUCACAGUCAUUUUUCACCCAAUGUAUAGCUUGUUUAUGGAAGCAACGUUUGUCUUACUGGCGAAAUCCGCCAUAUACUGCCGUAAGAUUUCUGUUCACGACCAUUAUAGCAAUGAUGUUCGGAACAAUGUUCUGGGGUCUUGGCUCCAAAACGUCAAAGGAGCAAGACAUUUUCAACUCUGCUGGUUCAAUGUAUGCAGCAGUGCAAUUCCUUGGGGUUCAAAAUGCAGGCUCUGUGCAGCCAGUAGUCGCGGUUGAAAGAACUGUCUUCUAUAGAGAAAGGGCUGCAGGAAUGUAUUCACCUUUGCCCUAUGCAUAUGCACAGGUCCUGGUUGAGCUUCCAUACAUUUUUGUUCAAGCUGUUGUCUAUGGUCUUAUGACAUACGCCAUGAUCGGAUACGAAUGGACUGCUGUUAAGUUCCUGUGGUAUAUAUUCUUCAUGUACUUCACACUACUGUACUUCACCUACUACGGAAUGAUGUCUGUCGCCGCUACGCCAAACUACCACAUUGCAUCCAUAAGUUCUUCAGCAUUUUACACAAUAUGGAACCUCUUUUCAGGAUUCAUCAUACCUCGAACUAGGAUGCCGGUGUGGUGGAGAUGGUACUACUGGUUAAAUCCGGUGUCGUGGACAUUGUACGGAUUGAUUACAUCUCAAUUUGGUGACAUGAAGCAUAUACUUGAAGGAGGGCAAACAGUGGGAGAAUUUGUGAGAGAUUAUUAUGGCAUCAACCAUCAUUUUAUUGGAGUGGUUGCAGCUGUGGUUCUUGGGUUUACACUUCUCUUUGCUUUUAUUUUUGCUAUUUCUAUUAGGUUCUUUAAUUUCCAGAGGAGAUAAAGAGAUCUUCUUUUAUCUAGGCUAUUGUAAGGAAGUAUUAGUAACCAAGAUGCCAAAAUGUUGAACUUUUGUUUUUUAUUUACGGAUAUUCUCCGGUUAGCUUUCAUGCAUUGAGACUAAGCGCUUUAUCUAAGCGAUUUUAAGAUUUACUUCCCUAUAUCAGUAUGUGCAUAUAAAUAAGAGAUUCAUAUUUUCAUCUC